AUGGACUCUCUUCACUUACAGCCUUUACGAGAAACCGAUAUCGAAAAUAAGGAGCCAAUUCCUCCACUUGCUGGUCCUGAAAUUUGGGACACUGACAAAUCAGAUGGUUCCGAUUCUGCACCAGCUUUGCCUCAACCAGGAGUCGACGAUGGUUUCUUUACCAGGACAAAUGGUGAGGAGGACGAACCUGGUAUAGAUGACGGAUUGCUACCGCCGAAACCGAAAGACAAAGACGAGCAUGAUGGAAGGGCUUUCUCAGAUGAUGACAAACACCACUACGACCCUGAUCAUCAUCAUCACAAUGGUGUUGGCUCCAGAAGAGGAAGUUUUCCACCUUUUCCAUAUGCACCAGAUUUUACACCAAUGACGCCUGAUGGAGAUCCAAGAGUGAUCCCAGAUGUCAACGUGUACCAGCACAAAAAAACUCUGGCCCAAGGAAUGAUGGAUCUGGCCCUACUUUCUGCAAAUGCGAAUCAACUCAGAUAUGUCCUGGAAUCCUACGACAGACAUCCAUAUUAUUUUCCUAGUCUGAUUCUUAUUAGUAUGAGUCUUGUUUUACAGAUAGCAGUAGGUGUAGGAUUAAUUUGGAACAGCAGAUACAAUGUAAAAGAUGAAGACGACAUUUGUCGUGCAGACAAAAUCAACAAUUACACAGUAAUUGGUAUAUUUUUAAUAACAAUUGUAAAUGUUUUUGUCAGUUCUUUCGGAGUUGCAAAUCCUCCUGGACAGACGGCGACUACUUAA